AGUGGAGACGUCCUGCAGCCUGUGAACCCACAGGCUGACAUCAGCCACACACCUGGGCACUCACCUGGGCACACACCUGGGCACACACCUGGGCACUCACCUGGGCACACAGGCAGUAGUGAUGUGCUGGUUAAGUUAACAGAUGACUUAGCAGAAAAGGGAGAAGUCUAUAUCAGGUGUGGCGAGGUGGUCUCCUGUUUACAAGUGCUAUCACCAGAUUUGAAGCACAAAAGCAGAACUCUGAUGGCUACAGUCGACAGCUCCCAUGAUGCACCUGUAUUUCCCAUAAUCCUGGUUGGUGUGGUCAGUGGAGUGGUCAUUCUACUGGCAAUGCUCCUGCUCUGUGCUGCAUGUACUCAAAAACAGGUGAGUGAGGAGGCGAUCCCCACGGCUAAGGACAGCGGGAUCACCAUCACCAGGAGUCGCAGUCUGAAUGUGGACAGCAGGAACAUAGUCAGUGCUGACCAGGGGAGUCGACUGGCCGCACACGACCGGCCGGAGUCGGGAGAGCUGCUGGGCGUUGGCAUGGCAACCAAGGAAAAUGGAGCGGUCGGAGUUAGUGGAGCUGAAGCUGGUGAUCCUGACUGGCACAGGAAGUCCAUGUCCUCAAGGAAACUACCUGAGCUUCCCACACCACCUCCGACAGACGGUGGGAGGGAGGGCAAAGGACAGAAGAGCAGUCGGCAGGGCGAGGUGACGGAUACCUCGGAGCCCCAGGAGUCUCAGUACGAGUCAGCGUCCAGUCGAGGAGCGGAGGGGCCGUACGAGUCCAUCCCUGACAGAAACUUCCCGUCCCAGGAUGACCUGUACGAAGCAGUGAAGGACGACGACUCUGGCGGGCGUCGCCGCGAGGCUGGGUACGCCAGGAUGAGGGAUGUAGAACAACAAGGUGUGGUGAGUGGUGAACUGGGCGAAACAACAGGAGCUGUUGGAGGUGCUGAAUCGAUUGAGCUGUCUGAGGUCGCUCCACCAGUGCCUGUUAAAAACUACGACCCCAAUGACAUGCUGGAGGAUGGAGAUGGGACAGCUCAACAGGCAGCAGCUGCAGCAGACAGCAAAAAGACCCCCGACUACACAGAAGUGACAGCUCGGGAGAGUCUGGCCAGCAUCAGGCAGAGGGAGGCCGCUGCAAGUCAGGCGAAUCCCAAUGUGUACUAUGAGGUUCAGGAUAAUGUGUACGCCCAGGUGGACAACGGCACCACCCCGUCAGGAAGCACUGCUGCCCCGUCCCCUCUGUCAACCCCCCCACCCCUGCCAGAUGCACACCCCCCAGGGAGGAGCAGUCUGUCCCCGGCCCCAGGUGGACGACCCCCUGCCCUGAGGACCACAGCACCAGAUAACAUCCACCUCCACCUGCCUGACCCUGGCAGGAACUCCGCUGCAUCAGACAUGCGGGACUAUGAAGAGAUCAAUGACAUGCCCACAGCAGCUCCCCCUACUGACCUGUAUGAAACUGUAGGAGACAGCAUGGAUCAGCCUACAGCAGCUGUUGUCAGCAGGCCUGCUGGUACAGCUGGACAGGCUGUUUAUGCCAAGAUAAACAAAGAGCGCAGCAAAUCAACCAAAGAGGGACAAGAUGUGCCAAAGCCUCAGGACAGAGGUACCAAAGCACACACCAUCCACGCUGUGGACCAGCACUCUCUGCAGGCAUCCUUGGGCGUGGCAGGGUCACAGGUCAAUGAACUCUAUGCACAGGUCAACAAGUCCAGCCGAAAGAGCCAGAAAGCAUCUAGUGGACAUGGCAGUGAGGUAGAACCCCCCUAUAGUAAAGUGAAAGAAUCCACUGGGGGAGCUGGUGCAGAACUACCUUACAGCAGGGUGAAGGAACCUGUGGGGGGUGGUCAGGUGGAACCCCCCUACAGUAGAGUAAAGGAUGGCGCCAAUUCUACAGGGCAGGAGGGGGCGACGAGCAACCUUGUGGAUGCAAUGGAUGAUGGGUAUGCCACCCUGAAGGAUCCACAGGGCAUGGGCACUAGAGCUGGCCAGGAUAGUAUCCCAUCAGCCCCUGGUGGGCAGCUGGGCAGAAUUACUAUUGUAGCGGAGGGGGAAGACCUGGAGGGUUACGAGAACCUGGGGGACUGGCAACCUGAUGCAGUUAUACCAAAGGAUCAGCAGGGGGCAUCGCCAGGUCAGCGCAAACUUGGCGAAACCUUCUGGCAGAAGGCUGAACAUUUGUACGACGAAAUCCCGCAGACCAAGGCAGAAGACGAGGAUCUCAUCCCCACCACCGAGUUGUGAAGGUCAAACAACAACAGUCUUGAAGGUCACUACAACACCAAACACUCUGUCAUACCAAAAAUAUGUCCAAAAUAUCUCCAGCUCAUAUCAAUAGUGGUACAGUCACGCAAACUUAUGCGGGAUUGCACUGAAUGGUGUAAUUUUGCAAAAGGCAUUUUGCAUACUCAUGCCAAUUGGUGCCAGCUUGUUGCCUGAAAUUUCAAUUUCCAAUGGUUUGUAUCUGCUUUGGAGCCCAAACUGAUAAUAUGUCUUCUGUGGUUACGUAAUACAUUUUUUCGCAGGUAACUGUGACCACAA